AUGGCUGAUCACUAUCAUCUUCUCCCAUUAAUCCUCGCCCUAAUUCUUCUCAUCCUCCCAUCAUCCUCCCAUGCAAAAACCCAAGCCAUGUUCUCGGAGCCUCUCCAAUUCCUCUUCGGCGGCCAAAGUGUGACUGAUGGUGACCUAACUUUAUCCCUAUCCAACGACUGUGGCCUUAUCCUCUACAAAGCCGGAAGCCCCGUCCUAGACUUCAACACCAGCACCACCACCACAUACUGUGCCCUCUUACUCAACAAAUAUGGCCAACUUCUUCUCGUCCCUGAUAACGAGCGAACCCUCACUCAAGCCAUCAGCACGAAGACCAAGUCCGGCCGAUUCGCUUUGCUAUUUGUAGACGGCAAGCUCGGUAUCUUUGGGCCUGCCAUCUGGAAUAAUGGUGUCAAUCAUUCAACUUUAUUUAAUUGGAACAAACCCACCCCAGGCUAUAACCAUGAAAAAAUCAAGACAGCGUCCACAGAUUACAUUCUUUUCUCUGGUAACAUGGCCAAUGGCAGUGCAAAUGGUGAUGUUGUUAUUGCACAAAAUGGCGAGGUUUCAGCCACUAUUACUAAAAAGUGUGCACUCGCUGUGAAUGAUGAUACUGGCAACACUAUAUGGUCAUCAGCGCCAACGAGUGCUGAACCAACACAGUGCUUCCUUGAGCUUACGUCUCAUGGAGAGCUUCUUCUUCAAGGGUAUAAUGAAUCUGGGAUUUUUACACAGUGGAGUGGUGGAUGUUCAACGGAAGAGAAACUUUAUGUUUGUCUUCUGCGGUAUUAUGGUCGGAUUUCUAUUUAUGGACUUAAGACUUGGCUUUAUGAUGGUUCUUCUUCUUUUGCUGCUGCUGUUUCUGUUGUUGUUGCUGAGAAUAUCAAGAUGGUGACAGUUUAG